UUGGGACAGAGAGAGUAUUUCAUUAUUGACUCCAACUAUAAAUAGGUUCAUAUACGAGGAUCAAUCUUUAAUAAUCAUCUUGACAGAAAAAAAAUGAGUUGUAAAGGUUUUGCGUUGUUUCUUUUUGUUGUUGUUGUUGCAACCGCAGCUUUUGCUGAGCAAUCUCAACAUGGUCACCAAGCGAAAGAAGCCAACCAAGCUGCUGUGUUAGUUCCGAAACGUGGCUCAGUUUCUACUGGCCGUUCAGCAGGACAUGGUGGUCGACCACCACAUGGUGGCGGAGAAGCUAACCAAGCUGAGUUAGCCCCGAGACGUGGCUCAGUUUCUACUAGCCCUUCUAGUGGACAGUCUAGUGGUGGUCGACCAGGAUCACCACAUGGUGGCGGAGAAGCCAACCAAGCUGAGUUAGCCCCGAGACGUGGCUCAGUUUCUACUGGCACUGGUGCCAGUACUGGACAUUCUAGUGGUGGUCGACAUGGUGGCGGAGAAGCCAGCCAAGCUGAGUUAGCCCCGAGACGUGGCUCAGUUUCUACUGGCACUGGUCCCAGUACUGGACAUUCUAGUGGUGGUCGACGACCAGGACCACCACAUGGUGGAAUGCCAACCCACUGAACACACCAACAACUACUGGAAGGCCAUGCAUAUAUAUAUAUAUUUGGAUCUUCAUCUAUGUGUGUGUUGUUAUAUAUUCGAAAUAAAUAUUAAUGCAUGCUCAAUAAGUGUGGAAUGUGAUGAAGAGGCUAGGCUCUUCAUCUACAAACCACUCUACUUAAUCAGUGUUUAUGUGCAAUCGGAUCUUCCACCUUAUUAUGUGAAAUUGCUAUUUCACUUCA